AGCUCGGAAAGCGGGCGGAACCUAGAGCUUCCCGGCUGUCGCUGGCCCCGAGGCUGUGCCUUUUCUUGCCCAGAUUCUUCCUCAGGGCCCUGGCGCGGGCAGGGCAGCGCGCCCCCCGGGGAGGGGCGGAGCCGUAGAUAUGGUAUAAGAUAUUUCUUCAAAACUGGACAGCUGAGGACCUGUUAUUCCUGAUUUGCCUUAAGCAAACUUACAGCCAUCAAGAAACCUCACGGAGUUCCAUAUUUUGCUCUCUGCUUUAUACCUUUCCUGCUACCUAAGUUCAUCUUGCAGUCAUGUAUGGAAGUGCUCGUUCAGUUGGGAAGGUGGAACCGAGCAACCAGAGCCCUGGGCGUUCACCUAGGCUUCCACGUUCCCCUCGCUUGGGCCAUCGCCGAACCAAUAGUACAGGAGGGAGCUCUGGAAGCAGUGUUGGAGGUGGCAGUGGGAAAACCCUUUCAAUGGAGAAUAUCCAGUCCUUAAAUGCUGCCUAUGCCACAUCUGGCCCUAUGUACCUAAGUGAUCAUGAAAAUGUGGGUUCAGAAACACCUAAAAGCACUAUGACACUUGGCCGUUCUGGGGGACGUCUGCCUUACGGUGUUAGGAUGACUGCUAUGGGCAGUAGCCCUAAUAUAGCUAGUGGUGGGGUUGCUAGUGACACCAUAGCAUUUGGAGAGCAUCACCUCCCUCCUGUGAGUAUGGCAUCUACUGUUCCUCACUCUCUUCGUCAGGCAAGAGAUAACACAAUCAUGGAUCUGCAGACACAGCUGAAGGAAGUAUUAAGGGAAAAUGAUCUCUUGCGGAAGGAUGUGGAAGUAAAAGAGAGCAAAUUAAGUUCUUCAAUGAAUAGCAUCAAGACCUUCUGGAGCCCAGAGCUGAAGAAAGAGCGAGCCCUGAGAAAAGAUGAAGCUUCCAAAAUCACUGUUUGGAAGGAACAGUAUAGAGUUGUGCAGGAGGAAAACCAGCACAUGCAAAUGACAAUUCAGGCUCUCCAGGAUGAAUUACGGAUCCAAAGGGACCUAAACCAGUUAUUUCAGCAAGAUAGUAGCAGUCGGACUGGUGAACCUUGUGUGGCAGAGCUGACGGAGGAGAAUUUCCAGAGGCUACAUGCUGAACAUGAAAGACAGGCCAAAGAGCUAUUUCUUCUUCGAAAGACUCUGGAAGAAAUGGAACUGCGUAUUGAGACUCAGAAGCAAACCCUGAAUGCUCGGGAUGAAUCUAUCAAGAAGCUUCUGGAGAUGUUGCAGAGCAAAGGACUCUCUGCUAAAGCUACUGAGGAAGACCAUGAGAGAACAAGACGACUGGCAGAGGCAGAGAUGCAUGUCCACCACCUAGAAAGCCUUUUGGAGCAGAAGGAAAAAGAGAACAACAUGUUGAGAGAGGAGAUGCAUCGGAGAUUUGAGAAUGCCCCUGAUUCUGCCAAGACAAAAGCUCUGCAAACUGUUAUUGAAAUGAAGGAUUCAAAAAUUUCCUCUAUGGAGCGUGGGCUCCGAGACUUGGAAGAGGAAAUUCAGAUGCUGAAAUCAAAUGGGGCUCUGAGUACUGAAGAACGGGAGGAAGAAAUGAAGCAAAUGGAGGUCUAUCGGAGUCAUUCUAAAUUCAUGAAAAAUAAGGUAGAACAACUGAAGGAGGAACUAAGUUCGAAAGAGGCUCAAGGGGAGGAGCUGAAAAAGAGAGCAGCUGGUCUUCAGGCUGAGGUCUUUGCCAUUGGUCAGGUGAAGCAGGAGCUCUCUAGAAAGGAUACAGAACUACUAGCUCUACAGACAAAGCUAGAAACACUUACGAACCAGUUCUCGGACAGUAAGCAACACAUUGAAGUGCUGAAGGAAUCCUUGACUGCUAAGGAACAAAGGGCUGCCAUUCUGCAGACCGAGGUGGAUGCUCUCCGAUUGCGUUUGGAAGAGAAGGAAACCAUGCUGAAUAAGAAAACAAAACAAAUUCAGGAUAUGGCUGAGGAGAAAGGAACACAAGCUGGAGAGAUCCAUGAUCUCAAGGACAUGCUGGAUGUGAAGGAGCGGAAGGUUAAUGUUCUUCAGAAGAAGAUUGAAAAUCUUCAAGAGCAACUUAGAGAUAAGGAAAAGCAGAUGAGCAGCUUGAAAGAACGAGUCAAAUCCUUACAGGCUGAUACCACCAACACCGAUACUGCCUUGACAACGUUGGAGGAGGCCCUGGCAGAGAAAGAGCGGACAAUUGAACGCUUAAAGGAGCAACGGGACAGAGAUGAGCGAGAGAAGCAAGAGGAAAUUGAUAACUACAAAAAAGAUCUUAAAGACUUGAAAGAAAAAGUCAGCCUAUUGCAAGGGGACCUCUCAGAAAAAGAGGCUUCACUCUUGGAUCUGAAAGAGCAUGCUUCUUCCCUGGCUUCCUCAGGGCUGAAAAAGGACUCACGGCUAAAGACACUAGAGAUUGCUCUGGAGCAGAAGAAGGAGGAAUGUCUGAAAAUGGAAUCACAGUUGAAAAAGGCACAUGAGGCAACAUUGGAAGCUAGAGCUAGUCCAGAGAUGAAUGACCGAAUACAGCAAUUGGAGAGAGAGAUUGCCAGGUACAAAGAUGAAUCUAGCAAGGCCCAGGCAGAAGUUGACCGCCUCUUGGAAAUCUUGAAGGAGGUGGAAAAUGAGAAGAAUGACAAAGAUAAAAAGAUCGCUGAGUUGGAAAGUCUCACCUCAAGGCAAGUGAAAGACCAGAAUAAGAAGGUAGCAAAUCUGAAGCACAAGGAACAGGUGGAAAAGAAGAAGAGUGCACAGAUGCUGGAAGAGGCUCGGCGAAGGGAGGACAGUCUCAACGACAGCUCCGCACAACUCCAGGACAAUCUCCGUAAGAAGGAUGACAGAAUUGAAGAGCUGGAAGAAGCACUAAGAGAGAGUGUACAGAUAACUGCAGAGCGAGAAAUGGUGCUAGCACAAGAGGAAUCAGCCAGGACCAAUGCUGAAAAACAGGUGGAGGAGUUACUGAUGGCCAUGGAGAAGGUAAAGCAGGAACUUGAGUCCAUGAAAGCAAAACUGUCCUCUACUCAACAGUCUCUGGCAGAAAAGGAAACUCAUUUAACCAACCUUCGGGCAGAGAGAAGGAAACACUUGGAGGAGGUUCUGGAGAUGAAGCAGGAAGCUCUUCUGGCUGCCAUUAGUGAAAAAGAUGCCAAUAUAGCUCUUUUGGAACUUUCAUCCUCUAAGAAAAAGACCCAAGAGGAAGUGGCAGCACUAAAGCGGGAGAAGGAUCGUCUGGUGCAGCAACUCAAGCAGCAGACACAAAAUCGAAUGAAGUUAAUGGCCGACAACUAUGAGGAUGACUACUUCAAAUCCUCUCAUUCCAAUCAAACCAAUCAUAAACCCUCCCCAGACCAGAUCAUCCAACCUCUCUUAGAACUUGACCAAAAUAGAAGCAAAUUAAAAUUGUAUAUUGGACACCUGACAGCCCUCUGCCAUGACCGAGACCCCCUGAUCCUUCGUGGGCUCACUCCACCAGCUUCCUAUAACUUGGACGAUGACCAGGCAACUUGGGAGAAUGAGCUGCAGAAGAUGACCCAGGAACAGCUUCAGAGUGAAUUAGAAAAAGGUGAGCGGGACAAUGCAGAGCUGCAGGAGUUUGCCAACGCCAUUCUCCAGCAGAUCGCAGACCAUUGCCCCGACAUCCUGGAGCAAGUGGUCAACGCACUGGAAGAAUCAUCCUGACCCCGCUUCGUGGGGAGCGGCCAGCCAGCAGCCCAGUGCAGUGAGCCCAGGAGCCAAGAAAAGCGAACUAUGAGGACAGGCACCCAGAUACUUCCUGACCUCUGCAAACACUACGAACUCUGUCCUACUGUGGUUAGUUCUUCCAGUGCGAUUCCAGCGCCACUUCUACAUCUGCCAUCUUACUCUGCUGUUCGCCUUUGGAUGUUGUCUAGACGCUUAUUUUUUUUUAUGUCCAAGGUGGGUAAGUGGCCAAGUCUCCCUGAGGAACCACCAUCUGGUCAUCAACAGUGGAGAAUUCUGGAAGCUGGUGGCUCUGCCCGCAUAGGGUCAUGGAGUAGGGAGCCUCUUACUUGUGUCCUCAAUGUGGGGACUAAACCUAGAACCUACUUGGAGUUCAGCAUACUGAGAGAAUGCUUCCGCAUGGACAAGAGAGCUGAGUGUCCUAAUCACAACAGGUGCUUUCUCCUAAAAGGCUUUUUUUAAAUCUCAAAAAGAUAUUAUUAGAAAAAGAGAGAGGGUUAAAGAGAGAACAGGGACAAACAGACAACUGACUCUUCUUACACUGUCUCUUGUGUUUACUUUCAUCUGCAGUGUUCUAUGCGGGGCAGCCGCAUGCAGGCUCCUGGUGGCUCGGUGCACACUGACACCCAGCCCUGUCUGUCUCGCUUAUGCGUGCUCUUGUCCUCGACCAGUUAACGGCAGGGUGGUGCAAGCAGUUCUCCCCCUAGUCCUCUUGUGUGAGACCUUUGGCCUUUUACUUAGAUCGUGUAUCUCUAUUGGAAAGAGAAGAGGGGUUUGACGUGAGGCACUGUCAUCACCAGCUCUGCUUCUGGAGAUGGCCAUUGCCAGGGUCAGGCUCUUUCUCCUGAACAUCUCCCUCCUCAGGCCUCUGAGCCCCAGAAGAAUGCUUCUGCCUUCCCCACCAUGCUCCACGCCCAGCCGUCACUGAACUCUCUGACCCACCUUCCACCCUUGUAGCUUACCUCUUGAUUUGCAUGCAUAGAACCUUAGCUUCAUGCAUUGCCUGGAACCUCCUCUGACACAAAUGAAUGUUCUCGUGCCACACACAUUCCUUCCUCCAUUCUUUCAUUCAAAGAAUAUGUAUGAAAUGCCUACUGUUAGGCAGUCGUCCUUGGGGGAACAAUGGAGGAGAGGUAUAAAGGAUUCUAUGAGACAUACCUGCUUUAGUCAAAGCAGCAAGAGGCAUACUCUUCGACUCCCCCAACUUAAUCGAAGAUAUCUUUUCCAGAAAACCUUUCUUAAAUCAGCAUAUCUCACUUCUCGCUAUAAUAGAAUUGAUGGUUUGGGGCUGGGGCUGAGUCACUUACUUGCCAUUUGGUGAUUCAGGACGUUUGCAUGUUGCUGCCCUGAGGGAGCACACUGUCCAGGGGCCUGUUAGAGUAGGUGGUGUUACCGCGUGGAACUUGGCCAGCUCCAUGUCACAGGUGAGAAAAUUGACCCCAAAGUUGCAAAUUCACUUGAAGAUAACUGGCGUUUUGAAGAGCAUUUUCCCCAUGCAUAGACAAUGACAGUGAUAAACAAAAUCAGGCACCAAGAAAUAGACCACUUAACCAAAAUCCAGGCCUUUGACCACCUCUGUGACCAGACCUCCACCAGACACCCACCUCUUCUGAUAAGAGUUGCUGGGCUAAAUGCCGUGUCUUGCACUUUCUUCUCUGCCCUUUGCCAGUUCCUCACCCUCAGAGUCUGAUGCUCCUGGAAAGCCGUCACGGCCGUCAGUGCAGUGUCUUCCCUCCACAAGCCCUGACUGUCUCAUUAACUUAUAUGGUCGAAUCUCCAGCUGCCCUGACUCCUGCUGUAAAGCACCCCCUUCCCUCCCCGUGAGAAGCUGUAGAGUGCUCCUUAUCAAAGGCUUAAAUGGACUCUGCUCAUAAAGUUCUUACUGAGAUGCCUCCUGAUAGCCAGGCUGGCCGGAGUCGGGGCACAGGGGUUAGACAUUAAGUGGUGGUCAUUUGUGGUCAAUUACCUCAAUUUCAUUUAUUUAUUGCACUGCCCAUAAAUCAUGCAGAUAGCCUCUAGUAUUCUAGAGUGGAGUAUUAGAAUCUCACUUUAAAUGCCAUAAGACAAAGAAUUGAGGUAUGAUAACAGCCUUCACAGGACCACAGCAGAACAGAAAGCAGAAGAAGCCAUGCCCAGAGAAGUGGCCUGGCCUGGCAUAGCUGGCCUUGGUCUAGCUGAUCUGGCAAGGGAAGGCAUCAAUCAGAUCUCUCUCUGGGUCCCACUGGUUUGGCCUUUACCAACAAAUACAAUACCUGCCCCUGUUGCCCACAUGUUGAAUAAUUCUCAGUGCACCUUCUUCCUUCCUGUCUUCAUUUCAACCCCUUCUGUUGCUCUCCCUCUAAAACCUUAUGGGAGUCCUCUGGACAAGGGCUCCCAAGAAGAGUCAUCUCUGGGGCAGACAGCAUAUGUCUGGUUUUUAUGAGCCAAAGCAGGGAGUCUCGUUCAUUCUUCCUUGUAUCUCAAAUGGUUCUGGGGACUUUUUGGACCUGAAUGAAUUAGGCUCUGGCUAAAGUUCAGUGGUGAACAUGACCUGUAUUUACAUAAUAGGUACAAAGUCUAUACAGUUUCUAUCUGGUGUUUAGAGUAUCUUACUGAGUUUAAAUCAUUCAUCGAGCCAGCAUUUACUAAAUGCAGAGUUCCCAUCACACAAGGACUAUCGUUUUGUGACCUUUUCAUGAUUUGCCAAGGUCUCACAGGUCCCUCAGCUACUACCAAAUGUCUGUGUGUAGUCUUGAAAACUCAGUGAAGGUUGCCUAUAAUGUUCACCAAACUCAUUCAUCCCAUUGGCAAGCCUAGUUGCCCCUUAACACCUAAAUAUUUGUACCCCGAAUGAAGAUCAUCAUAAAGGGGACAAGAAGAAGAGUGGGUGGAAUCCAACCUGGAGCACAUGACUAAAGAAAGAAAAUGUGACUUCAUCUUUUCAUAUACCUCUGUCCCAGGUACUCAUUGAGUCCGUGAUGAAGUAUUGAACUGAGAUUUUACAAGGACUUUGGACACCAUUUGAAAUAGAAAGGACUUUAAGUGGGCUCUAACAUAUUAAGAAAUGUGCAUGGGAAUCCUGAAAUCCAUCCCACGUCUAACUUUUGACCUUGUACAUUACAAUCUAAAGAAGACCUAAGUUCCUUUUCCUCUUUCUUACACUCGGGCUUUAAAAAUGCUAGUAAGGCAUACUAGACCCAAACUAUCUUCAGUGUCACUAGUGGCACUUUCGUGAGUAAAAGUCUGUCUGGUUUUUCAUGAGGAGCUCAUUGGCUCACCCACUCCUCAGAGGAAGAAGUCAGCACGGAGCUGAUGGUCAGGAUUGGCAUUUGGAUUUGCUGCUAGAGAGUCCUGCUGUUCCCAGACCCCUCCUGCCCUUCUGUUUGACCACAUCAGAGCAGAGGCCCGCGGGCCACCCGCAGGGUCUUUGAGGAAAGAGCAAAUGGAGGAAUGUGUCACCACAUAGACUGUGACCCUCCUGUGACGCCUGCUAAGUUCCCGUGAGCCCUGUAUCAGCAAUAUCAGUAACUCUCACGUCUGCCUCCCCGGCCUCAUCUCCCCACCUGCGAACGCUUAGGACUAUGGAAAGGGAGAUGAGGAGGGAGUGGGUGCAGGCAGCACGCUGCCCUCUGCAAGGCCUGCAAGGCCACGCAUCCCCUGUCACUGCCAGUCCCUGGGCUCUCAGAGUGAUUUCAACCAUUUAAAGAAAUGUUUUAAAGGAAUCCGGAGUUUCCUCCAUGUGAACUAAGGGAAUACUUGGGCAAGAAAAACACACAAGGAAAUCCUUCUGAACAAAAUGGCUGUCUUUACUCUUUUUAAGCAAAAACUGUUUCCAAACUUUUUAGUGUCAAAACUGUAACCAAGUGUCUCCUGAUUCCCCCCAAUGUGUGUAGUGAGUACUGUGACUUUAAUGUAGGUAUUUCUCCUCCGACUCGGGGGAGAGGUGGUUUUAGGACUGAUUUGUGGGGAGCUGGUUUCUGUCCCAUCCCACCUCCUCUCUUGUUUCUCUGCUUGUCAAUACUGUCUGUGUGGCUCAGAGAAUUUGGGCAGUUACAUUGUGUCCAUUGUUGAAAUUAUUAAGAUAUUAAAAAGUAGUUGUAGAACUGAAAAAUUAAAGAGCUGUGUUUUUAAAAAUGCAAAUCAAUAUCAUGUAAAAGGAAUUCAAGCUAUGGGGCAGCCGAACUCCGCCCUUCCUCCUAAGCUGGCUUAGGUGGCAGCUGGGCUGGCCUCUUGGGAAGUCCAAGGACCACCCUCCGGCAGUGACUGCGCGGCGGAAAGACAGCUGCCGGGGGAAAGGAAUGGGAAUCUGGGCCUCAGAGUUCCAGUCGUGCCAGCGCUUUCCUGUCCAUCGCCAGGACCUCUGGGUAGUUUGUGACCCCAUAGCCACUCUCACCCCCACGUUGGUCCCAGCUCAGUGUGCCUAAUACUAUGUGGCAACCGGGGCUUGCCUCUGAAGAGCAGCCCUGUUCAGGCCACAGAACCUCUCUCGUGCCCACUUGGUGCUAUAUCAUCCAGUGACCAUCCCACAUGGGCCAAGCACUGGCAGCCCAGAGCCUGCAGUCCGGUGAAUGCGUUAUACUCAGAUCUCAGUUCCUUCUGGCUUCAGUCCUAGAUUCUUUCCCUUUAAGAUGUUUAGUCCCAGAUCUCCUGGGCCCAGGCCGCCUCUGUGGCCCUCCCCCCCACCCCCUCUAGAUGCCAUCGUCAGAAGGGAAGUGAACCCCGCUGAAGCCAGAGAAUCCGGCCCUGGGCCUGAGCCAGCCCUCCGAGCCCAGCCGUUUCACACCACACCAGUAUUGCAUCACCCUCUAAGCCAGGCCGCCAGCCCACUGAGGCAGCACACCGGCCUCUGGCCUGAUGGCUGUGCAGGACCAGCCCCGCACCUGCCCAACAGCAGGGUGUCCAGGAUGGGACGGAGUCUCCCUGGGACAUGCACCCCUCGCUCCAGAAGAGAAGUGCUGCACUUUAGUGAGGAGCUGGGGGAGGGGGCUGGGCACUGUUUCCUUGUAGCUUGAGUUCCUUUUGGUGACAGUAGCAGCCGCAAUGGUGGUGUCUGUGAUGCAAAUGCACCUGCUGCCUUCAAGUGUGCGUGUGCGUGUGCAUGUGCGUGCGUGCGUGCGUGUGUGUGUGUGUGUGUGUGUGUGUGUGUGGUGGCCAGUCGCAUUACUGACAGGAUAAUGACACUACAGAGAAAUUGUGUUAUAGUCAACUUUGCCUUGAUAAUUAUUGUAAACACUUUGUUUUGUUUUGUUUUAUAUUCACAAACUAAAUCCAUCGGGAACUUAUAAAAUUAUUUAAAAAUUA